GGUUCUUUCCGGCAACUUUUUCCUUAAGAAAAGUUGGCAACACUGUUUAGAACUGAACACACAAAUGGAGUAAAAUUUUUUGUAUUUUUGUUUAUUUGUUUAUUUUUGCCGCUGCACUGGAAAAAAAGAAGUUUAAUGCUCAAUAUGCUAAGACUACCGCCUAGUUUCAUGCUCGCCAUGGAAGCGACCAGCAAACGUAAUUUUGCUCAGAGUGCAAAAUUAAAUGCUAAAACGCCUGAAACCCACUAUGAUGUGCUCAAUCUAAGUCAUGAUUGCAGCAAACGGGACAUACGCAAUGCUUUUCUGAGGCUCUCUAAGCAGUACCAUCCUGAUGCGGCAAAAACUGCUGAGGCAGCGCGAUUCGUCAAAAUCACAGAAGCAUAUCAGACGCUGGUUAAACCGUCGUCUCGCAAGGAUUACGACGAUAGUUUGUUAUGGAAUCCUGGAGCUGGCGGCACUCGGAACAUACAGCAGCCAUGGGAAGUAAAAGCUAAUUAUAAUCCCAAUCCUGGCCCGUACUAUGGCAUCAGAGGCUUGAAUCGCGUCUCCAACUGGAAGGUGGCUAUAUUUUUAAUGUCGCUGGGAAUUAUCGGUGCCAUCUUUGGCUUUAGCUCGGUGAAGCACUCAUUUCAGUUAAGCCAACAAAUACGGGACGAAAUCUCAGCGGAAGCAAAUUCCCAUCAUGCGUCUGUUGUUGCCGAUGCACAGAAAUAUGGCAACGAGGAGCAAAUACGUCGCAUGGUGGAACGCCUGGCAAGGGAUCCAUUGGGCAGAACUGCGGCCAAGUAACUGUUUUUCACCUUUAAAUCAUCUUAACAAAUUUUGUAUAUAUUUAGAUUGAAAAUAGAUAUUUAUUUUUGCUAAAAUUGACUGUUCUUAGUGUAAUUAAUAUAACUUAAGAGUUGUGGGAAAUUUCUUUU